AGUUCUCAUUCUUCCAACACAGAGCACAUACAAUUAACACCCACCCACACAGCUGUUGUAGUUUUCCAUCAUCAUCAUUAUGAGUAUCACAACAUCAACAGCCGAGUCCAAACAUUUAAAAGCUGGACAACGGCUCAACAUUAUGAAGGAAAUUCUCGACACGGAAAAGAAUUACAUUGAAGAAUUGGAUAUUCUUGAAGAUUUCUAUGCAAAACCAUUGAGGGAGUUAAUUGGACAAAAACAAAAAUUCAUCACCAAAGAAUUGCACAGUAAAAUAUUUAAAGGAGAUUUGGUGAUUAUUAGAAAGACGAAUGGAGAGUUGUAUGGUGAAUUGAUUGAGAAUUUUGAAAUGGAAAGAGCAAACAAAGUUCCAAACAAAACAUUUGGACAAAUAUUUCUUCAAUAUGCACCUUUUAUCAAGGGAUAUACACGUUAUUUUAAUGAAUUUGAUAAUAUUAAUGCAACAUUGGAAGAUAUUCGAAAGAAUAAUAAACCUCUCCAACAAUGGAUGGAUGAUCAGAGAAGAGAAGCCAAAAACAAACCAUUGGGAGGAUUAUUAAUUACUCCAAUUCAAAGAGUACCAAGAUAUAAACUCCUACUUACAGAAUUAGUGAGAUAUACAUCACCUUACAAUAAGGAUUAUUCAAUGUUACAAAAUGCAUUAAAGGAAAUUUCAGAAGUUGCAACAGAGCUCAAUAAGAAAAUCACUGAAAAUCAAAAUAGAGGUCGUUUAUAUGCAAUUGGUGAUAUGAUAAAAGGAAGAGAAAGAUUAAUUGAAUUGGAACCAAACAAACAAAUUGUUAAACCUGGAAGAAUGUUUUAUCAGGAAGUUAAUUUAACAGGUGUCUAUAGCAAAAAGUUUAAUGUUAAUAUUAACAAUUGUACUUUAUUGAUUUUUAAUAACAUGUUUGUGUUGUGUAAGAAUAAUGAUUCAACCAGAACAACAAUGGCAGAUAUUGAUGGAAGAGUAACCUAUGAUUAUGAACAUUUGGAAUUUAUAUUUGAACCUAUUGUUUGUGAGGCACGUGUUAUUGAAAAAUCACCUGAUUUAUAUCCAUUCCCAUGGAUUAUUGAUAUUCCAAGUGAAGAAGAGAAUAGAAUUGAAGAGGAUGUUGCCACUACUGGAAGUAAACCAACAAGUUCAAGUGGACCACUUGUUGACUCGGAACCAAAGAGAACCAAACACAAUAUCAAUGAAUUGUACAUUUUCAAGAAACCACUCUUCCAAUUGGUUUCUCAAAAGGAUGUUUACACAUUACAAUUUAGUGGUGUUGAGGAAAAACUUGAUUGUUUGAAAGCAGUUCACGAUGCCAUUGAUGAACAAUACAAGGAUUGUAAAUUAAAGGACAAGGAAAAUAGAAGAUGUCCAUUUUUGAAUUACGAAAAGGAGAGAAUUCAAUUCUAUUCGGAGAAGAAGGUUAAUCCAUUCCCUAAGGAACAAGUUGAUGAAUCAGAUACAGUUGCUCAACUUUUCACAAAUUAUUCCUACAUGUUAGGAAAGGAUUUACCAAAAUCAAGCUCAAAGAAGAAACAAGAAGAAAUGGCAAAUAUUGUUAAUGAGAAAGUAUUGGAAGAGCUGAGACAGAAAUUCAAUUCCAAAUGUAUUGAAGAACAAGCUUUGGGUGCUUUCUAUGCUACGUAUGAUUGUUGUGAAGCUGAUGCAUCUCAAUUCCAAUUGAAUUUCCAUGUUGGUGACAUUUUCAUUUUAUGGCAAAAGGUAAAGAAGGGUAAGAAAUGGUUGCUGGUCCAGAAAACUGGUCUCAAUUUCAGUCCAGUUAGAAAAAUGCAACUUCUCGAUGAAUUAUUGCCAAAUAAUCUCAAAGAUAUGAAGAGUGUGAUGAGAAAACAAAAUCUUGCAAAGAAGAAGAAACCAAAAACACCAAAACAAGUAAUUGCCAUCACUGAUCAUUAUUGUAAAAUAGAAAAAGAAAUGGAAGCUGACAAAUUAUAUGAAGAAAUUGCUUUGGAAUUGAACUUUUUAUCACUUUUGUCUGAAACAAGCUUUGGAGUUUCCGCAAAGAAAUCAUCAGAAAGGGAUAAGAAUGAAUAUAAGAAUCAAAUCAGAAAAUCAGUUCAUCCAAGUUUAUUAGGAGCAAAGAAGGAUGAAUACAAGCAAAACCCAGAAACUGUAUUUUUCAAGAAUAUAUUCAAUGUGAGCGCAGAUAGAAAUCAGGUUGGUAUUGUCCCAACUAAGGUUCUAUCUGAGCUACCAAAUCAAACCUUCAAAACUCUCAUUACACUCAUGGAAAAGAGAGAUGCACUCGAAGAGAAGAAGAUUAGAAAUUUCACAGUUUCUAAAAAGGGUCCAACAACAACAACAAUUGGAGCAGGUAAUAGCACACCUUCCACUUUGAGUACAGGCAAUUCCAAUAGUAAGACCAAUUCUUCCAAUAAUACCCCAACUUCACCUUCUACCACUACUGAACAAGUUUCUCAAAGUGUUGAUAAUUUACAAACAGAAGGAAAGAGAAAUAGACUCUUCUCCAUAUUUACAAAGAAUAAAUAAUCAUCUCUAAUAGAUUGAUUUCAUAAAAACUCAAAUAAAACUUCAAUUUCUCAAUGCU